AUAUUAUAAAGAGGCACAAUGUCAACGUUCAUUAUUAUUAGCGCGUAAGUAUAACUUAGUUCACAAAAACAUAAUACGUACGAAGAAUGGCGGCUAUUAAAUAUGGACUUAUAUUUUUUCUAUCGCAGCUAUUAGCUGUUGGAGUCAAUAGUCAAUUGUUUCCCAAUAAUGGUCUAUCCGGCGGUAUAACUAACCAACUAUAUCCUAAUCGAUUGUUAAAUGGUAUUAAUGAACAAUUUGGGUUCUCGGGUACUCAAAGAUAUCCAGCAGAAGCCACGAACUCGUUACAACAAAUGUUACCAAGUGCAGCAAAUCUAAAUGCCGGUUCGUCUCUUUCUUAUCAAUCGGGACAGAUGAACCCACAAGUUUCUUCACUAAUGAAUGCAGUGGGAGGACAGUAUCCAGACCUUCAAAUGCAACAAAAGAAACAAGCACAAUUAGCAUCUGAUAAUAAUAUUCAAGAACAACAGAAUUCUCAAUUUCAAUCAAAUAUCGGUCAACAAAUCCCUUCCGUAGAUUUACAGCUAAUGCAACAAACGCAAUCAGAUAUGAAUGCAUUGGAUACCAAUUAUAAUAAAUUUCAAUCACAAUCUGGUAUUAAUUUACAACCGUCGUCACAAUGGCGGCUUAAUGAAAAUCCAUCAUUGAACUCUAAAAUUAACCCUAAUCAACAGUCCAACCAACAGGAAAAAGUAAAUUUAUUCGAUACCCAACAAUUUUCUAUGCAACUGGAUGGUUCCGGUAAAUACGCGAAACAGAAUCAGGCUGGACUUCAAGGAGUAGAAAUUCAACAAAAUUAUCCAAAUAAACUCCAAGAAGUAGAAUAUCAGUCGAAAUAUCCAAAUAAAUUGGAAGGAAUAGGAUUACAACAGGUUGUACAAUCUGAAUUUGAUUUAUCAGAUAUGCCUAGAAAACUAUUACCUUCGGUAAACGGCGAACAAGGAUUCCUAACUGACGGAGUUCAACUUUCAACCAAUGCCGAUCAAGCCCAAAGACCCUUAGACCAAUUUUACGAAACAUUGGUACCUGGAGUGCAAUCGGGUAAUAAUCAACAAAUGUCAACUAAUAUUGGACAAAUCGAUAAAAUCCCAAUCCUCCAAAAUCAGUUCAGUGAUCUUUGGGAUACGAAUGAGCAACCGGGUAGUAAUCACCAAAUGUCAACUAAUACCGGACAAAAACAAAACAAAAUCCAAAUGCCCCAAAAUCGGUUCAAUGUUCUUUCGGAUAUCAAUGGACAACCGGAAAACCAUUAUCGCCAAGAUAUGCCAAACGGACAGCUGAAAGGACAUAAAAUAAAUUCGGAUGGCUUAAUGAUGGCUAAUCCCAACGAUGUCCUAAUAACCGAGUACGCCGAUAAAAAUGGGAUAUUGGAAUCAUCUAAUGUUAUAGUCGACCUGAACAAGUCUCCUAAAGGUGGUACCUCGUAUUCAUUGCCAUCCGAAACGAAUUUCGGUCUCGAUGGAAACCAAAAUUAUCAAGCCGUUCAAACCCCAAACUACGGGUUAAAUCAGCAACAACCACCCGGAAAAAACCCAAUUUACGGGUCUGGUUCGUAUCAACAAGCCGGACAAAACACUAACAACGGUUUUAAUCGGUAUCCACAACAAACCAACCAAUAUCCAAAUUACGCUCCCAGCUGGUCUCAACAAAUACCCAACAAUUAUAAUAUGGAAACACAAAUAGAGCGACCGCCGACCCCAUCUUCUGCACUGUUACCACCGUUCUUGGGUAAUUUACAGAAUAACAUUAACCCCAAAAUGAUGAACUGCGUUUUAUCUAGAAUUUCGCGCAUGGUUAACUGCAACUUGAAUGGUCUUCAGAGAAUAUUCAAUGUGAUAACCACGAAUUUCCCCAAUUCUCAGUUGUCCGAUCAAAUGAAUUUGUUAUUAACUGUCGGACAAUCCAUAAGUACAGGUCUCCAGAAUGCGAUGAAGAGUUCGUACUCGGUAAAUGGACAGCAGGGAAUGACGAAUGGAGUAUCGUUAGGGAAUGGUGGUCGGUUGCCAACCAACACCAUGUCGAACAACGGAAUGUACGGUAAUAAUCAGUUAGUCAACCGCUUCACGGGCGGUUCAAGAAAUUCGAAUUUACCUAACUUUAGGAUGAGUACCAGCGCACGUGGAUUGUCCCAAGAUCCGAAAGGCGAAAAAAUUCUGGCACAGGUAGUAGAAUCCGUUACUGAAGCAUUAUUACAACGUUCUAUACCACCGUAUGCCGCCAACGGCAUUGAAAUGGAGAAUUUUACUCGAGAAAUAGUAGAACUUCUUAAAGAUCCAAGUAACGAGAUAUUUUGACUGUAAAAAAAUGUCAACAAGAAAAACAUGAAUCAAAUAUUUAACUGUUAUACACAGAGAUUACUAAUUAUAUUAUCAAAAAAUGAUAAUAAUUCUUUAACUAAUAAAUGUGUAUACAUUUGUCAUUGUCAAAUGUAACAAUUUAACAUUUAAAAGAAAAUAUAAAACAAUGUUAUAGUUUU